AUGGAUUUCGACAAGCUCUCUAUUUUGGAGCGCAAGAUUAUCGUUGGAAUCGACUUUGGCACCACAUACUCGGGGGUAGCUUGGGCGGAAACGCAGCGUCCGGAUCGCCGAGUAGCCAUUACAUCCUGGCCAAUCUCCAAGACGAUCCGCGAGGGGGAGUCUUCAGACAAAGUCCCGAGUAAGCUCCGCUACUCGGGGAAGGACGUUGAAUGGGGAUUCUCGAUUCCCGUCACCGCCCCUACGGAAGAGGUGAUUGAGUGGUUUAAGCUUGGCCUCGACGGUUGCCUCGAUUCCAUCGGUGGCGAGCUAGGCAAAAAGGCGAGUGCAAAUAUUGGCGAUGUCGAUAAGGUCAUCACCGACUAUAUCUCAGCUCUCGGUGAUCACCUCAUGUACACGUUGCGUGAGAAGCUCGGCGAAGGUGUUGUGAAAAACACACCAUUGGAGCUUGUCGUUACCGUUCCGGCAAUCUGGAGUGAGCAGGCGAAAGAAAGAACAAAACAGGCAUGCCAGCGCGCACGCGGUCUCUCGCUAACCAAGUCCACUAUUCACCUCGUUUCGGAACCUGAGGCCGCUGCCAUGUAUGCUCUCCAGGGCCUGGAUCCCCAUAACCUCCUGAUUGGUGACAGCUUCGUGAUCUGCGAUGCCGGCGGUGGAACUGUUGAUCUCAUUACUUACACCAUCGUCAAUCUCAAACCAGCCCUAGAGGUUCGGGAGACCGCUCCCGGGACGGGUGCUCUCUGCGGUUCAACCUACAUCAACAUGAGGUUCAGAAACUUUCUUAAACGCAAGCUCGGGGGAGAGGAGGGGUUUGACGACGAAGUGCUGGCUGAGGCAAUGGAAAAGUUUGAGAAGACGAUUAAACGCCAAUACACACUGGGUGCCUCUCCAGACGAUACAUUCCCCAUUCCUGUUGGCGGAAUGGCAAACAACAGUGAACUGGGUAUCAAUCGAGGCCGCUUUGCGUUGAGGGGCAGGGAUAUACGCGAAAUUUUUGAACCUGUUAUAAGGGAAGUUAUCCAGCUUGUCAUGGACCAGAUCAGAACGAGCAAGGUCCCGAUCCGAGCCGUGUUGUUGGUUGGGGGCUUCGGCUCAUCCAACUACCUGAAGGAGCGAUUGCGCAAUGCCAUCGGCAAUAAUAUCCACAUCAUGCAACCGCCGAAUGCGUGGCUCGCUGUCGUGCAUGGUGCCGUUAUGAAAGGUCUUGCCUUAAGCAUGCCCGAGAAUAACAAGCUAGUCAGGGUUGGGAAACGCAAGGGUCGCAAACACUAUGGAACUGAGUGGCGCACCCAAUAUGACCCUCUUCUCCACGGCAACAUCAAGAAACACUGGUGCGGGCUAGACGGCUGCUACAAGGUCUACACGAUGGAGUGGUUCAUCAAGAGAGGAGACGACAUUUCGGAGAACGAGCCUUUCUUCACUUCGUUUGUGUGGACCGGCUCCGUGAGCCAGGGCAAGAUCCGCAAGAUCAAGAUGGAUAUCUACACCGACCGCACGGCCAGAGAUGCCCCCAUUGCGCGGGACGGAGAUGUGUCACUGCUUUGCCACGUUGAGGCCGACAUCAGCCACAUCCCCGAGAGCCAGUUCGCACGUCGCAAGGGUGUCGAUGGCCAAUUAUACUAUGAGCUUAGUUGCAAGAUCGAGGCAGUCUAUCUCUCCGCAUCCACCCAAUAUACUCUGCUAUUUAACGGCCAGAGAUACAAUUCUGUCACGACCGAGUACGUCUAG